UAUAUAUAUAUAUAUAUAUAUAUAUAUAUAUAUAUAUAUAUCCAUGUUGAUAACUGAGCUCGGCUUACCUGACUGAGAACGAACGGAUCGUUUCAGGAAAUGAUUCAAUUCAGUUCGUGCACCUAAAAGAUUUGUUCGCGAACGACACAACGCUAAAGCGAGUUAGCUAACAAGCUAGGGCCCAGUCGGUCUGCACUCAUGUCUGGAAGAGGCAACGUCGUGGAGUGGGUUGAGAGAACCGAGGAGGUUAUCGUGACAGAGGGAGGCCUUCCACCCGACAGCAGACACUCUGCAGUGCUUCCACUAUUGGAACCAACAGAAACACCAAUUCAGAAGUUGCUGGACACAAUGGUACAAGGAGAAGACCCCGAAGUAGACAAUGGGUUUUAUUGUGAGGAAUGUCAGUCUCUGUUUCAAGACCUGAGUGACCACAGUGGUAUUAGUGGCCCAUCUUUUAUUCUUGACUCCCCCACUACCAUGGGUGUGCCCCAAAGGGCGCUCCUAACUCUACCCCAUGGGCUGAUGAUUGGCAGAUCUAGUAUUCCCAAUGCUGGGCUUGGGGUAAUAAACCAAGGGCCAACAGUUACUCCCGGAAUGCAUUUUGGACCUUAUGAGGGAGAGGUGACCACUAGAGAGAAUGCAAUAACAAGUGACUUUUCUUGGGAGAUCUACAAAGAAAAAGAUGAAUAUGAAUACAUUGAUGCUGCCAGAGAAUCGUUUUCAAACUGGAUGAGAUAUGUGAACUGUGCGCGCAAUGAAGAUGAGAAGAAUUUGCUGGCAGUCCAGUACAAGGACAGUGUUCUUUUUCAUUGCUGUCGCACCAUAUACCCAGGAGAUGAGCUCAUGGUUUGGCCUAGCAGCAAACUCCUAACCCGCCUUAGUGAAGCCUGGACCCAGAUCUGGUGUAUGAAGUUGACUCCAACAGAGAGUAACACAACUGUGGCAUCGCAGAUCUUCCUCUGCUCUCACUGUCAGCUGUCCUUCACCACAGAGGCCUACCUACAGCGACAUACAGAGUUCUUCCACUCGCAGCCUAAUGAGGAGUCUGCAACACCUGAUAUUAAGGCUGUUGAUCCAGGAAAUGCCCCUCUUCCUGCUGACACAGAGCACCCUGCAGCCUCCCUGGUGGUAUUGACUGUUGACCCUUUUGAGUCCAAAACGUGUUCUGAAUGUGGGAAGGUUUUCAAACACACACAUCACCUUAAGAGGCACAAACUUUGCGUCCACUCAAACAAGCGGCCCUACUGCUGUCCUGAGUGUAGGCGAAGUUUUAGCCAGGCAUCUGGUUUGCUCAGACACCAGCUGGUUCAUAAAAAACAAGCCCUAAUAGAAGAGACUGACACAGUGCUUAGUCAGAACAAAACUCUUAGUGAGAAGAGUGCGGCCUCACCAUCUGGGUCAGAACUUACCAAGAGCAUAGAACCAACUGGAAAUGAGGAAUUGUCUGUAAGUAAGGAAUUCAGCUGGGGUGAAACAAAGUGUAAACCUGAUAAACCAACUGAAACUGAAAAUCACCCUGCAGAGGAGGCAGAAAUGAUCAAGCGGGAGUUAGAUGAACAAUCCAAAACAUGCCCUGAGUGUAAUAAGAACUUUACCAAUGAAUGCUAUCUAAAAAAGCAUAAACUAACUGUCCACGCCAAUUUACGCCCUUAUGUCUGCAAGCUGUGUCGAAAGUGCUUUGGCCAGUAUAGCGACCUAUCCAGGCACCUUAAGUGUCACCGAAGCAAAAGAAAGAAGGGCGGAACUGUGUUUUGCUGUGCUAAAUGUUCACAAACCUUUUCCUCAGAAGAAAGCCUUUGGCAGCAUGAAAGUGUUAAUCACUCAGAAGAGCCCCCAGAUGUGCCACCUGCUGAAGAGCCAGAGGGAAGUCCAGAGUCAGCUGAUGGAAAUCAAGGCUAUGAUCCAGACUUCGUUGCACAACCAUCAGUGGCCAAAGUGGCUGAAUCAAUCCAAAGACCCCCCUCUCCAAGACCACAGCGUAUUGGAGCUAGAUCUAAAAUUUCUGCCAUAACCAAGCUCAUAGCUCCAAAACGAAGGGCACAUGUGAGCAAGAAGGUGGUAAUCAGUCCUUCUCAGACUGAGGAGUGCUUAAGUGAAACAGACGUGGCUGAUGUCAAUGAUUCCACACAGAUGAAUGGAAAUUCAGCAAAACAGAGACGGUAUAGCUGCAGUUGCUGUAAGAGAACUGAUGGAAAGGAAGAGCUCAAAGCGCAUAAAUGCACUGCAAGACAGCACAGUUGCAUUCAGUGUGGGGCGACAUUUAAAAAACCAGGUUUCCUAAAAAGACACGAAAGAAUGGUACAUGCAAAUGCAAAGUCUUACAGCUGUGAUCGCUGUGGCAAGGCCUUCAGUAAGCCUGCCAAUCUGAAACAGCAUCAGAAAGGCAAAAGUUGCGAGAAACAUCACUGUACAUCUGAGCUGUUCCCGUGCCCAUUUUGCCAGUUUUCGUUCACUAUGAAGAGCUACCUUCGUAAGCACAUCAGGAGACACCACCCUGUUGAGUAUCUAUCACAAAUGGAGUCAGAUAACCAAAUUGGCAAUCUUGAGGAAGAAGAGGAGGAAAAAUCUCAUGUCUGCCCCCAUUGUGGAAAGAGCUAUGUCAGCGCCAAACACUUCAAAGCUCAUACGUGUUUCCAACAGGUGCGGAUAUUGUACUUGUGUACAGACUGCGGAAAAGGCUUCACAAAUCAUUACGGCCUUAAGCAGCAUCAGCGUAUUCACACGGGCGAGAAGCCAUACAGCUGCCCCCACUGUGCCAAGAGCUUCUCGUACACUGGCCAACUAAACGUGCACAUUAGAACCCAUACCGGGGAGAAGCCAUACCUGUGUACCCACUGUGGGGAGAGCUUUCGACAGUCAGGAGACCUGAAGCGACAUGAGAGAAAGCACACAGGAGUGAGACCGCACAGCUGCCCAGAUUGCUUUAAGAGCUUCAGCCGCCCGCAUAGUCUCAAAGCUCACCAGAUGCUACACUUGGGGCAGAAAAUGUUCAAAUGCACCCAGUGUGGAAAGAGCUUUUCAAGAAACUAUCAUCUCAGGAGACACCAUCUGAAAAUGCACUCAUAACUAGAUCACAAUUUUAGGUUGUUUGAAAACUGGAGGGCCCAAGUUGUUGCCUGUAUCUACCAAAUGGCACCCAGUCAAAUUCUACUCCUCAUGAUCAUGCACCUCUCAGAGGCUGCUUAAAUUCCUUGAAUGUUCUCUACAUAGACUUUUCUCUGUUGUUUUGUACUUAAGGGAUAUGUUCCCUAGAACCCAUUGUAAUGUUGGCAGACAUUUAGAAUUGUACAGACGAGAAGGUCACUGAAAGCUUCAGUAUUGAGAAACUUACUACUUUGAAUGUUCUCACUGGACUUCAGACACAGUCCACUGGGACAAUCUUUCAAGCCGAAUGGGAGACAAUACCAUACAAUAGCACUCAUCUGAUUUUUUUUAACAUUUUUUUAAAGAAGUUGCAAACCAUGCUUUCUAACAAAUUAGAAUGACUUAUGCA